AGGGCGGCGGUUGCACAGGCGCAGUGAGCUCGGCAGCAUGGCGUCCCGGCCCAAGCGGCGCGCUGUGGACGGGGGAACCCCACAGACGCUCGGCGACCCUGUCCCGUGCCACGAGGAAGAAGAGGACGAGGAAGUGGAGGACCAGGACGACGACGACGAAGACAGCGACGAGGAAGAGGAUGAAGACGACGAGGUCGUGGACGAGCUAGAGUUGGAGCCAGAAAGGAUGGAGGAAGUGAAUGUUGACUUUGAAGCUUAUUCCAUCUCAUACAACGAUUAUGACGGGAUUAAGAAAUUACUGCAGCAGCUUUUCCUCAAGGCACCUGUCAACACUGCCGAACUGACGAAUCUCUUAAUUCAGCAGAACCACAUCGGGAGUGUGAUUAAGCAAACGGAUGUUUCAGAAGAUAGUGAUGACGAUGUGGACGAAGAUGAGAUUUUUGGUUUCAUAAGUCUUCUCAAUUUAACUGAACGAAAGGGGACCCAGUGUGCUGAGCAGAUUAAAGAGCUGACCCUGAGCGGCUGCGCGAAGAACUGUGAGAAGAGCGUGGUCGAGCAGCUGGACAAGCUCUUCAAUGACCCCUCCCGGCCCGUGGGCCUGCUCCUGAGCGAGCGGUUCAUCAACGUGCCUGCACAGAUCGCGCUGCCCAUGCACCGGCAGCUCCAGAAAGAACUGGCGGAGGCACACAAGACCAACAAGCCGUGUGGGAAGUGUCACUUCUACCUUCUGAUCAGCAAGACGUUUGCGGAAGCAGGAAAAGGCAAUUCCAAAAAGAAGCAGAGCAGCCAAAAGAACGAUGAGUUAAUAUUUGCGAAUGCAGAGGAAGAAUUUUUCUACGAGAAGGCAGUCCUGACGUUCAGCUACUCAGUGCAGGAGGAGAGCGACUCGUGCCUGGGCGGCAGGUGGUCCUUCGACGACGUCCCGAUGAAGCCCCUGCGCACCGUCAUGCUGGUCCCGUGUGACAGGAUGGGCGAGAUCAUGGCGGCGCUGGAGGAACAUCUGUCUGUCUAGCCGCUUCCCACCGAGAGGCCGUGCUGUUUGUAAAAUCACCAGAAAACCCAGUGGAGUUUUACUGAAAAACUCGAGACUUUAUUUAGCUUUAGCUUCUCUACACAAAGUAGGGUUCUGUUGCCUGUGUCUGUGACACAUUUACAAAAUAGUGUUUAAAAAAUUUUUGGUCAAAUUAUGAACGUUUGAUUAAAAACCUUCCCCGUAAGAAGAAAAACGUGGAGCAGUUAUUGAAAGAACUCAAUAAAAACGUCUAUAUUUUAUUUUUAAA